AUGAGUAGGAGAAAUGGAAAUGGUGGUUCAAAGCUUGACUUAAAGCUGAAUUUAUCACCACCAAGAGUGAACCACGUGCCACAAGUGGAGUCACCAACCAGGUCGUUGACGGCAUCGCCAAUAAGCUCGUGCGUGUCAUCAGACGAUUCGUCGACGAUAACUUCGAUGGUGUUGGUUGGUUGUCCAAGGUGUCUCAUGUAUGUUAUGUUAGCGGAAGUUAAUGAUCCAAGAUGCCCCAAAUGCAAGAGUACUUGUUUGCUUGAUGUUAAUGGAGAGAGGAUAUCAGUUUAA